CCUGUCUUCUCCCGUCGGUCCUGCCGCUCUUUAUCGGUCCACCGAUCAUCAUCAGCAGAAGACAGAGAGAGAGAGAGAGAGAGAGAGACGAUGAGGGGGUGGAGAGAGGAGGUGGUGGCGCUGUCGCUGGAGGCGCACGGCCCCGGCGACGACCGGCCGGAGAAGCCGCGCCGCUACGGGGUCACGGAGAUGAGGAGCCCCUGCUACACCUUCCGCCCCGCCCACCACGCGCUCCAGGAAAUUUUGGAUAAUAUCGGCCCUUUUGUUGACGGUCUGAAGUUUUCCGGCGGAUCUCAUAGUUUGAUGGGAAAGGAACUGAUCAGAGAGAUCACUGAUUUGGCGCACAAGCAUGACAUGUAUGUGAGCACUGGUGACUGGGCAGAGCAUCUUCUGCGCCAGGGACCCUCUUCCUUCAAGCAAUAUGUAGAGGAAUGCAAAGAGUUGGGAUUCGACACCAUUGAGCUCAACGCUGGAUCUCUCAAGCUCCCUGAAGAGGCUAUCCUGAGACUAGUCCGCCUCAUAAAGAACACUGGUCUGCGAGCCAAGCCCCUGUUUUCAGUGAAGUUCGACAGCUCUGAUAUCCCUGCGGCUGGUGAUAGGGCGUUUGGGGCUUACAUAGCUCCAGUGAAGCAGAGCUCAGAAAGAGUCGAAGACAUUGACCUGCUGAUCAGGAGGGCCGAGAGAUGCCUGGAGGCAGGUGCAGAUAUGAUCAUGAUCGACGCCGACGACGUGUGCCAGCACGCGGACUCUCUCAGGGCGGACCUCAUCGCGAAGAUCGUCGGCCGGCUCGGGCUGGAGAGAACCAUGUUCGAGACGUCCGGUGCCAACACCUCCGAGUGGUUCGUCAAACGAUACGGCCCGCGGGUGAACCUCUUCGCCGACCACUCCGAGGUGAUGAACCUGGAGCGCCUCCGGGGCUUGGACGUGCGCAGGAGCGUCCGGCCCCUGCUCCCUUCGCCGUUCUUCCUGAUGUGAUGACGGCCUUCCUGAGCUCUGACAUGAGCCUCAGCUGAGACCCAAGCGAGAAGUGUUGAUGGAGUUGAGUUCCUACUGGCUACUGCCGUGAGUUGUGUGAAGUGUUACUGAGAACCUAAGCACUGUUGAUGGAGUUGUGAGUUGUGGAGCCGAGGCAGCGUGUUGGUAGCAGGUAGCAAUAAGGCGAGAACUUGUGUGUGUGCGUAAAUUGUACUCGGAGCAACUAGUACAACUUGUUUCGUAUGUACUCUUUCCGUUCUAAAAUAGAUGACUCAACUUUAUACUAACUUUAGUAUAGAGUUAGUAUAAAUUUGGGUCAUCUAUUUCGGAACGGAGGGAGUAUGUGUGAAUGUGAUGAUCCAUGUAGAGCAA